AAGGCAGAGCAAUGUAUGUCUAACAAAAGUUCACUGUAUAAUGGGUAGUAUGUUUGGUAACAUGGGUGAUGUCCCUUGGACAAAGAGGUCAUUGCGUACUAUUUGCAAUCAGAUAACAAGAGAUCAGAUGGAUGAUGACAUAAGGAAAACAAUGGAGAUUUUUAGAGACAUGCAUGAGAAAGAUCCUGAUUUCCAGUUUAGUGUGGAGCUUGAUAAGAGGAGUAGGAUAAGAACACUAUUGUGGUGUAGCGGGAAGUCGCGUGACCAAUAUGCGUGUUUUGGUGAUGUAGUCACUUUUGACACAACUUAUUGCACAAACAUAUACAAGAUGCCGUUUGGUCUUUUUGUUGGGGUGAACAACCAUUUCCAGACCACUAUAUUUGGUGGUGUGCUGAUGAGGUGAGAGACAGCAAAGAGUUUCAAAUGGGUUUUCAAAGAAUUCCUAAAGUUAAUGGGAGGAAAAGCACCUAUUACAAUUCUGACAGAUCAAUGCAAGGCUAUGACUAAGGCUAUACGUCUGGUGAUGCGAGCCACAUAUCAUUUGUGGUGCAAAUGGCAUGUGAUGAAGAAGAUUAGGGAGUGCUUAGGUCCAUUGUAUACUAAGAACAAGAAGUUUAGGGAUGAGUUCUGGCUGGUGGUUAAUGGUAUGCUAACUGAGGACGAGUUUGAAGUAGCUUGGGCUGAUAUAGUGAAAAAAUAUCAUCUGGAGGAGAAUGGUUUCAUGAAGAGGAUUUACAGCAGCAAGAAGAAGUGGGCAAAGCCUUGGUCUAGGGACAAAUUUUGUGCUAGAAUGAGCAGUACACAGAGAAGUGAGAGUGCGAAUUUCAUGCUGAAGCGAUUUGUUCCAAGAAAUUCAUCAAUGAAUCAGUUUGUAUCGCAAUACAACAAACUUUUAUGUGAACGUGACAGAGAAGAGGAUGCAGCAGAAGACAAGACCAAACAGUUGAAAAUGGUCCACAGUCGUCUUUGGCCAAUUGAACGUCAUGCAUUGACAAUAUACACAAAGGCUGCAUUCGAGCUUUUCCGUGCUGAGGUAGACAAAGCAUCCAAUUAUGUGAUCGGUGGCAAUCAGGGGGACAUGUACACUGUUUCCCAUAGUAAUGCAGCAAUCAGAGCUCAGUGGGCACGUGUGCACUUCAAGGUUGAAGCUAUCGAUGGUGGUCUUAAAUGGAUGAUCAAAUGUAUGCACGCUGGAGAGAGAAAAGAUGGAGGCAUUUCAUGCCUGUGGAGUUCGCAGUGA